GUAGCCGGGGGGGCGCACGGCCCGGGGAUCGGCCGACUCUGACGUCAUUCAUCAACCCAAACCAGUCCGGUUGAACAACAACACGAGAGGACCGUUUGACCAAUUUUCCUCCGGGCCGACGGAUUUAUUUUCGCGUUGUGGACAAGGGUUCGAGUUGCCGAACGCAGCCGCCCCAGAAUCCGACUCUGACGGCCUCCGACCAGAUGGACUCGCUCAGGGAACAGGUGAUGAUCAACCAGUUCGUGUUGGCCGCCGGAUGCGCCAGGGAACAGGCGAAACAGCUACUCCAGGCGGCCCACUGGCAAUUCGAGACCGCCUUGAGCAUAUUUUUUCAAGAAGCCGCCUUGCCUUCUUACGCCCAGUCGUCGACUCAUUUCGGCCAGAUAUGCACACCUUGCAACACACCAGCGACACCUCCUAAUUUCCCCGAUGCUUUAAUGGCGUUUUCUAGGAUGUCGACAUCCGACAAAACAGCCCAUACAGUGUACUCGACAUCACCAAAGCAAACAAUGCAAGUCCAGGGUGGUGUCGUAGUCCAAUCCGGCCAAAUGAACGGGCUGCAGCCUCAGAAUACACUCGGCAUCAACAGAUAAGUAACGCCUCGAUAGCUGUGAUCCUCCCUUGUUAAAAUUAUACCACGAAAAAUAAAGAGCUGUCCCCGCCCAGGCCCUUUUCAGACCUUUUUAGACAAAAAAUAUUUAAAAAAAAAAAAAAAAAAUCAAGUGCACUAAUUUAAAAUUGAUUACGAGGAACAGAGAAGAGAGUUGUGGGCCAAAUCAUUAUCCAAAGAUCGACCUACUUAAAAAUCCAACGCUUCGAUGUUCCCAAUGUGCGAAUGACGACAUGGUUGAGGAUUUAAAAAAAAACAAAAAAGAAAAAAAAAGGACUCUUUGUGAACAUUUGACAAUAAUAGUGGUAGUCAGUUAGCGUGUAAAUAAAUGUAAAAUUUUUGUCAGUGUGUGAGUGCAUUCUUAAUUGUUGUCGCUUCAGAACAAGCACUGAGCAUGAUGAAAAGGUUGUAAACUAUAACCGAUUUAUGACUGUUAUUUUUUUAUUUAGUCUAUUUUAAUGUUUACUAUUAAGGAAUAGUAUUGUUUUUAUUUUAGGGUGCUUAACUGUUAAUAAGAAAAAAUAAAAAAAAAGCGAAAUUGUGUAAAUAAAAAAGAAAAAUUCUCACUGAAAACCAUUUUUUUUAAAGGAUGUGGUUUAAAAAAAAAUCCCUUCUUUAAGUAAACCUUUCAUAUUAUUGUCUUUUGUACCAACUUUUUAAAAGUUUUAUUUCAUAAUGCAUCGACAGUGGUUUUUUAUUUGUCAAAAAAUAUUUCUGGCGACAGUUGCAAUCUUUCUUUAUUUAUUUACUUUUUCUGUUGUUAUUCAUUUGAGUCUUCUUACCUCAGAUGUAAUUUCAUCGUAUUUCACCGAAGACUCGGCGCAUGGUUGGUUCUUAAAUUUUCAUUUCAUAGAGAAAGAAAAAAAAAUUCUCUGACAACCAGAUUUUGAAUCUUACAUCCUUUCUUUUUUAACCCAGGGUGUCGAAUCUUAUAUACAUCUUAAAAACUAUCAAUGAAAUUAGACAAACUGUUAAGAAAGGUUUAAUUUUUAGAUAAAAACUAAUAAAGUUUGGGGUUUACCACCUCAAAAAAAAAAAAAAGUUAACAAAACCAGUGGGCUCCCCGAUGUACAGUAUGUAUAUAAUUACCAAAAAAAAUUUUUUUUGAUUCGAUCAAAAUUCUUACUUCAACUAAUGUGAUAAUGCUUAUCCAAAUAAAUGAAAAUAAUGAUGA